CGAAGAAACAACUACCACACACCACACAAGAAAGAAGAAACACCUACCAAACACCUGCCCUUGAGCUAUCCAAGGACGAAGAAGGAUAGCUAACUAGGUGGAGCCAUGGCGGAGUUGGUGGUUGGUUUGUCCAAAUCGGUGGUCGAGGGGGCGCUGACAAAGGUCCAGUCGGCGAUCGAAGAUGACGCCAAGCUCCGGCAGAGGGCGCAGCGUGACCUCGUGUCCAUUACUCUCGAGUUCGAGAUGAUGCAGUCCUUUCUCAACGUCGCCAACGAGGAGAGUGUCAAGAACACUUUGGUUGGUACCUGGGUGAAGCAUGUCCGGGAGCUGGCCUACGAUCUCGAAGACUGUGUUGAAAAUGUAGUUCAUCUUGACAGCAAACCAAUCUUCUGGCGCCGGUUGUUCCAGCCUUGCAUGGCACUGGCAGACUGUUCGCUGCCACUGGACCAGGCCGUCGAGGAGUUAGCGGAGCUCAAGGGCAGGGCCGAGGAGUUAAGCAAGUGUUACUCCCGCUACAGUAACAUCACCGACUCUGCUGGCUCCAAGUUGAUCAUGAUGCAACAAGAGGGAGCCUCCAGCGCAAUAGCACUCGACAUGCUCCUCAAGGCAAGGGAUGCGGCGAAAGGACAGAAAUUCCUUGGGGAUCUCACCCAGCUAAUCACACAGGAAGGUCGUCCCAGUAAUGACCUCCAAGUGAUCUCGGUAUGGGGGUCAGCAGGCAAUCAAGGGGCGAUAUCUAUAAUGAUGAAGACCUACAAGGACCCAGAGAUCUGCCAUAGCUAUACCCACCGGGCCUGGGUGAAGCUCAUGCAUCCUUUCAAUCCACACGACUUCAUCCGCAACUUGAUGGCUCAGUUCUUUGAACACUCUUUCGAGGAACAAGGAGAAACCACCAUAUGUGUACAACUCCUAACCAAGAUGGAUGAAGCCACCCAGUCUCAAGCACAUCUCUUCAAAAAGUUCGAGCAGCUGGUCACACAGGAGAGGUAUCUUGUUGUGUUGGAAGAUCUCUCAAACAUGGUAGAAUGGCAUGCUAUCAGGAAGUUUCUUCCUCAUAGGGAGAAUGGCAGCUGCAUCAUCGUGUCCACGCAGGAAUCAGAAAUAGCAAGCUUGUGCAUCGGCCACACUUACGAGAUACUGGAGCUGAAGCAGUUCUCCGCAGAGCACUCCAUUUGUGCCCUCUUCAACAAGGGACCUCAAUGUGACCGAGAUAAAGGCGAGGAGACUGGUGUUGGAAAGACAGCAGCCCAAGACUGGAUGACGAAGCAUCCCCUUGUUGGACGGGAGUCGGAAAUGAAUAAUCUCCGUCAAUAUACUUCAAAGGCACGUUUCUAUUCAUUUGAAGUUAUGUCCGUGUGGGGGAUAGCUGGCGUUGGGAAAUCAGCUCUCCUGAAAAACUUGCUGUGCGACACAGUUCUUAACGACUGCAGACUAGUUGAGAAAACCAAACCCAGCAUAUUUGACAAGUAUGCCUGGGUGGAUGUAUCCUAUCCAUUCAAUUUGAGAGAAUUCUCUCGGAGUUUACUAUUGAGUUUUCAUUCCCAAUCUCUUCAAGCCAACAAGGACCAUGAUAUUGAUAUGAUGGGAAGCAAAAACCCCAUUCUAGAGUGCCGUGGGAUUCUUAAACAGGUUAGGUGCCUCGUUGUCAUUGAUGGUAUCGAGUCCACGAAAGAAUGGGACUUGAUACAGGCUGAAUUGGUAUCUGGAUCUUCAAAGAACUGUAUUAUCAUCAUUACCGCUGAAGAAAGCGUUGCCAGGCAUUGCCGCGGAAAUAAAGGGGAGCUCACGUUUAAUGUUAAAGGUCUACAAGCUGAUGAUGCCCUUGCUCUCUUUAAAGAGGAGGUUACCAGGAAGAAUAAAUCAUUCCCUUCAAAAUAUCAUGACCCAGAUCUGGAGGUUCAACUUCACGAACUUACUCUGAAGUGCGGGGGUCUUCCCAAAGUGAUAAUUGCUAUUGCUGGCUUAUUGGCACCAUUGAAGCCUGACACAUUCAAGGAUACUGUUCGUUAUUUGAAUGAUGGAUUUAUGGAUCAUAUAGAGACUAACCGAGAGUUUGAUUGUCUAAGUGGUCUUUUUGGUUGGAUGAACUCCAUCAUACUUAAUCCCCCAGAUUUCCUCAAGCCAUGUAUCUUUUACCUGGCAAUUUUUCCUCCAAACCAAAUCAUUCGGCGGAGACGGCUAAUAAGGCGGUGGAUCGCAGAGGGAUACUCAAGGGUACUAUUGGAAAAACAUGGCGAGGAGAAUGCGGAGAAGUUCUUCUCACAGCUCCUAGAAAAGAGCAUAUUCCAGCAGGUAACACAACUAAGUGGCACCACACUGAAUGACACAAGGAUGAGUUUUUACCAGGUCAAUGGUCUCAUUCGCGAGUACAUUGUAUCACGACGAAUGGAAGAGAACCUUGUGUUUGAAUUGGGAGGCAGGAGUUCUGUCCUAACCAGCCAAAGCACAGGGCGUCACCUUGUCAUAUCAAGCCGGGACACAGAAAAAACUGUGUUCGAGAGCAUCGACUUCUCACGGCUAAGGUCACUCACUGUGUUUGGGCAGUGGGAAUCAUUCUUCAUCUCCAAAAGUAUGAAGAUGCUUCGGGUGCUUGAUCUAGAGGAUGCGUCAGGUAGUGUUGAGUAUGAAGAUCUCAAGAAGAUGGUGAAACUGUUGCGUCGCCUCAAGUUCCUCUCACUGCGAGGACGGCCCGAGAUCAACCGCCUACCAAGUUCACUGGACCAUCUGAGGCAGCUACAGACUUUGGACGUCAGGGGCACCUCCACAUUGACCCUUCCGGAGAAUAUUACAAAGUUACAGAAGCUGCAGUACAUUCGCGCCGGCAGCACAGAUGUCCCAGCAACAACACCAUCACCAAAUGUUUCGUCCAGCUGGUUGUGCAAACGACAUUCCUUAGUUGGUGUUAAGGUGCCUGGAGGGUUAGGAAAACUGACGGCGUUGCACACGCUUGGUGUUAUCAACGUUGCUGCUUCAGGAUCAAAGACCUUUGUGAAAGAUCUCAAGAAGCUCACCCAACUGAGCAAGCUCGGAGUGUCUGGCAUCAACAAGAAGAACAGCAAGGAGUUCUUCUCUGCAAUCGAGGGUCAUGUACAUCUGGAGUCCUUGUCAGUGCAGCUCGACAACGAAACUCAAGGCUGUUGCUCCAGGAAUCGUGGUAAUCAAGGCUGCUUGGAUGGCAUCCCCAUGCCUCUGGCAUUGGAGAACCUUCGGAGCCUUAAACUGUAUGGGCUUAAUGACAAGUUGCCAGAAUGGGGGAUCAACCAGCUCAGCAAGCUCACAAAGCUGGAUUUGGAGAUGGCCACUUUGAUGGGAAACGACAUGAUGAAGUUUCUUGGAGAGCUACAACAACUAUGUAUUCUUCGUGUCAAGCAGCUCCAAGAUGGUACGAUCUGCUUUCAUGUCUCUGUGAAUAAUGUAGUGGUCCACUUAUUUGAAAAGGUCAAGAUCCUCCAGAUUGCUUGUGGUAGCAGCUCCAGCAGCUUACACGUGUCUUUUGGGUAUAAAUCAAUGAAGAAACUUGAGCUGCUCAAGGUUGACUGCCACGGUGGGUCACCUCCAUAUAAGUUAUCUGGCCUGGAGAAUCUAAAAGGACUCAGGCAAGCCUGUUCCGGUGGAUAAUUUAACUAUCAUUUAUUAAAAUUUGCUUGAGUUUGGAAAACAGUUUGCUAACCUCAGUUUUUCAGUCGGUUGCUCUCUGCCCAGCAAGAUGCUGCCUGCUCCCUGGUAUACCGCAACGCUAUUUGAUUCACUUCAAUAUAUUUGCCAAACAUGCCCAGUCAAAGCCCAAAGCAUCAAAAUCUGCAAGCAUCUGGAACAGAUUGAGACACAGCAAAAUUCAUCACAUGUGCAAUGGGCAAUGGCAAAGUAAUCACGGCAAGUCCAUGGCUAUAUAUGGUCCACAUUCAUGAAAGGGAUCAUAUUCAAUUUGAUCACUUAGACAUAAGACACUAACCAUCACUAGAACUCAAAAUUCUGGGUACUGAACUGAAAAUCAUUAUCCAUGUAUCAGGUGAGCACAUGACUACAAUCUCCGUACAUUAGUCCUCAGCCGACACCGUGCAUUACAAACACAUCAAUGUUUGACUUCCGCUAGCUGCUUCCUCUGUUCUACACAAACAUUUGGACCGGCACCAGUACCACGUCACUCUUGAGCUGCAUCGCCUCCCUCCUCCAGCGCCUCUUUCUCCUUUUGCUGCUCCACUGCGUAGGAACAGAGCGGUUCAACAUGAGCAGUUAGUGAAUGCACAACAGGAAACUGAGCUCAAAACUAAAUGAACCAAUCAUCUACCAGUUCCUACUCACAUGCAAUCUCCGCCAGAGCUUUCUGAGUGCGCUUCUCCAGCUUGUCGAUCCUCUUCUGCACAUCUCGUUUCAGGUCCCAGUUCGGGUUCUUCGGAGCGAUGUUCCCGAAGGGGUUCUGCAGAUAAAUAUUGUAAGUUUGCCUCAUGAAAGAUGAAAAUAUGUCACAGAAUCGUGGAGGCGAGAUUUGAUGGAUCUGGAAAUUUUACCUCGAGCUGCUUUGGCUCAGCGGCAUCAGCAGCGAUCGGAUCUUCAAACUUGGGAAGAGACAGCGGGGCCACCUUGCCACCUCGGAGACGCUCAUCAUGAGGAAGGUAGUUUCUGAACUUCAGUGGUACCUCCCUGCACCAGAAAGAUUACAUACUUGUGAACAAUGAUACACCCACCAUUAGAGUCAAGUAUGCUACAUGUCAUCAAUUAAUCCCAUAAACAUUUCACACCACGGACAAAAGGUUUGCGUACACUUGAAAAAGAUCAGGACAUCUGGCACAAAGAAUUUAUGAUUUUAUAAUCGAUAACCCAUUGACUGCUUAACAGAAAUCAGGAAAUGCUAUCUCAACAUUCUGAGAUUAUACUCCCUCCGUCCGGAAUUACUUGUCAUCAAAAUGGAUGAAAAUGGAUGUAUCUACAACUAAAAUACAUCUAGAUACAUCCAUUUCAAUGACAAGUAUUUCCGGAUGGAGGGAGUACAAGGCAAGGGAUUGCUGUCUAAACCAAAUUCAGUUUUUAUUUAUAUAGGAAUAACAAGGCAUUGCUGUGUAACCAAAAAUUAGUUUUUACAAGAAUGGCAAGCAUAUAACUGUGCAACAACAGGAACGAAUUCAGAUUUUCAGUCAGGUGCAGAUGGAGAUUUCACUGAAAAUAACAUAAAGGGCCUCGGCCAAUUAUUAUAUACAGAACAUAUAUGUAAAAUACAUAAGGCACUCAAGAAACCCAGUAUGUAAAAGUUGUCUGUUCAAUUACUUACCCAUUGUCUUCAACCUCAUCAGAUUCCUUAGUGGGGCUAACGUUCUCCUUGGAAGCAUCCUCGGGUGCAUCCACAGGACCUGGCAAUUCUGGUUGGUCCGCCUGUUCUUCUGUCGUCCCAUGGUCACCAUUCCUAAUGCAGCUAACGAACAUGAAAUUCACCAUAGGUUCACUGAUACAGACAAUACAAAAUUAAAAAAAAAAGGGCAGCCCG